CUUCCCUUUCCCUCCCCCGUCGACUCGGUCCUCGCCUCCUCGCGGCUCGCUAGUCGCCUACCUCCCGUGGAAGAGAGGAAAACAAACAGACAGACACGAAACACACACAGGUCCGAAUCCAAAUCUAGCGUCCGCGUCGCGAUCUCGCGGCCUUCACCCCCAACCACUCCAGCGGAGGCGGCGGCGGCGGCGGCGCCGAUCCCGCCUUGGGCUCGCGCGUCGGCAACUCCGGCGCCAACUCCCCUCCACUUCGCGGCGGCGCGCGGGAGGAGGGCGGCGGCUGCGAUCGCGCCAGCGGAGCCGCCUCUUCGCCCUCGGCGCCGCGGGGCCUGAUCCGACCCCGCCGGCUGAAUGGCAUCCAAAGUCCGUUUUACAGUGGGUUCUCAAGUUUGGGUUGAGGAUGCGGAUGUGGCUUGGAUUGAUGGGCUGGUGGAGGAGGUCCAGGGAGAUGAAUUAGUAAUAAACUGCAGCUCUGGGAAGAAGGUUACUGCCAAUGUCUCAAGUGUGUAUCCUAAGGAUGCAGAAGCAAAGCGCUGUGGUGUUGAGGAUAUGACGAGGCUGGCUUAUCUAAAUGAACCAGGGGUCCUACAAAACUUGAAGUCUAGAUAUGCAAUGAAUGAAAUAUAUACUUAUACUGGCAACAUAUUAAUAGCUGUCAACCCAUUUCAAAGACUUCCACACCUUUACAACAAUCACAUGAUGGGAAUUUAUAAAGGAGCAGAAUUCGGCGACCUGAGUCCACAUCCUUUUGCCAUCGCGGACCGUGCAUAUAGGCUUAUGAUUAAUUAUGGUAAAAGCCAAGCCAUAUUAGUGAGUGGCGAAAGUGGAGCUGGUAAGACAGAAAGCACUAAAAGUCUUAUGCAGUAUCUUGCAUUUAUGGGUGGCAAGGCUCAAUCUGGAGGAAGGUCAGUGCAACAACAAGUACUGGAGUCCAAUCCUGUUCUUGAGGCAUUUGGAAAUGCAAAAACAGUCAGGAAUAACAAUUCGAGUCGUUUCGGCAAAUUUGUUGAGAUCCAGUUUGAUCAGAAUGGGAAGAUUUCUGGAGCUGCCAUAAGGACUUACCUCCUUGAAAGGUCUCGUGUCUGUCAAAUAUCUGAUCCAGAAAGGAACUAUCACUGCUUUUACAUGCUUUGUGCUGCACCACCUGAGGACCGUGAGAGAUAUAAAUUAGGAGAUGCUGCAUCAUUUCACUAUCUUAACCAGUCUAGUUGCAUUAAACUUGAUGCGAUGGAUGAUGCCUCAGAAUAUAUCACAACUAGGAGGGCUAUGGACAUUGUGGGCAUUAGUUCUGAUGAACAGGAUGCAAUAUUUAGAGUUGUAGCUGCUAUUCUUCAUUUGGGCAAUGUGGAAUUUUCAGAAGGGAGCGAAGCAGAUUCUUCUGUACCCAAAGAUGAAAAAUCUCAGUUCCAUCUUAAGAUAGCUGCAGAGCUUUUCAUGUGUGAUGAAAAGGGUCUUGAAGAAUCUUUGUGUAAGCGUGUUAUAGCAACACGUGGUGAAAGUAUCGUGAAAAAUUUAGAUGCGAGAGCAGCAGCCCUUAGUAGAGAUGCAUUGGCCAGAAUUGUUUACUCUCGUUUGUUUGAUUGGCUUGUAAAUAAGAUCAAUACUUCAAUAGGACAAGAUCUGAGCUCAAAGCUUCUGAUUGGUGUGCUGGAUAUAUAUGGUUUUGAGAGUUUCAAGACAAACAGUUUUGAGCAGUUCUGUAUCAACUUAACUAAUGAGAAGCUGCAGCAACACUUUAAUCAGCACGUGUUUAAGAUGGAACAAGAAGAAUAUACAAAGGAAGAAAUUGAUUGGAGUUAUAUCCAGUUUGUGGACAACCAAGAGAUUCUUGAUCUUAUUGAGAAGAAACCAGGGGGUAUAAUUGCUCUACUGGAUGAGACUUGCAUGUUGCGAAAUUCAACCCAUGAAAUAUUUGCUGAAAAGCUUUAUCAAAAAUUUAAAGGGAACCCACACUUCAGUAGGCCAAAAUUCGCGCGGUCUGAUUUCACUAUUCAUCACUACGCUGGAAAUGUUACAUAUCAAACAGAUUUGUUCUUGGAUAAGAACAUUGAUUAUGCUGUGAACGAGCAUCAAGUUUUAUUGAAUGCUUCUAGAUGUUCAUUUGUUUCAAGUCUUUUCCCACCUUCUGAAGGAUCAACUAAAUCCACGAAAUUUACAUCGAUAGGUUCAAGCUUUAAGCAACAAUUACAAGCUUUGCUGGAAACUCUGAGUGCAACAGAACCACAUUACAUACGCUGCAUAAAGCCCAAUAAUGCUCUCAAGCCAGCAAUUUUCGAGAACAGUAAUGUUCUCCAGCAACUUCGAUGUGGGGGAGUAUUAGAGGCGAUAAGAAUAAGCUGUCUAGGAUAUCCAACGAGGCGUAGAUUUGAUGAAUUUGUUGAUCGUUUUGGGGUCAUACUACCUGAAGUACUUGGUGAAAGUUAUGAUGAAGUUACUGCUACAAACAUGCUCCUUGAGAAAGCCAAUCUCACAGGCUAUCAGAUAGGGAAAACUAAAGUGUUUCUGCGGGCUGGUCAAAUGGCUGAGUUAGAUGCUCUGAGAACUCAGGUGUUGGGGUGUUCUGCUACUAAGAUCCAGAGAAAAGUUCGGUCCUACCUGGCUCGCAAAAAUUUCAUUCAACUUCGAAUAUCUGCUACCCAUCUUCAGGCUAUUUGCAGAGGACAAAUUGCAAGAUAUCAUUAUGAAGAUCUCCGUAGGGAGGCUGCUUCAUUAACAAUACAAGCCUGCUAUCGUAUGCACUUUGCAAGGAAGAACUACAGAAAUCUCUGUUCCGCAUCAACUACUAUCCAAUCUGGUCUACGUGGUAUGGCUGCUCGCAAGGAACUCCAUUUCCGUCUGCAAACAAAAGCUGUGGUGAUUAUUCAGAGUUUCUGGCGUAGUUAUGUAGCACGCUCUAGGUACACGAGCUUGAAGAAGGCAGCUGUUACUGCACAAUGUGCUUGGAGAGGAAGAGUUGCCAGAAAAGAACUUCGGAAACUUAAAAUGGCUGCUAAAGAAACUGGUGCUCUCCAAGCUGCCAAGAAUAAAUUAGAGAAGCAAGUGGAGGAGCUCACCUGGCGUCUGCAACUAGAGAAACGCAUCAGGGCUGACAUGGAGGAAGCUAAGACACAAGAAAAUAGGAAGUUGCAACAACAAUUGCAGGAACUACAAUCACAAUCCAAGGAGACAAAAGAUCUGUUGAAAAGGGAACAAGAAAUCGCGAAAGAAGCACUUGAGAGAGCUGCCUUAGUACCAGAAGUUCAAGUUGAUACAACUCUUGUUGAUAAACUCACUGUUGAAAAUGAGAAUCUAAAGACUUUAGUGGGCUCUCUUGAGACCAAAAUUGGUGAAACAGAACAGAAGUUUGAAGAAAUGAAGAAAACUAGGGAAGAGUGGAUGAAGAAAGCUGCAGAUGCUGAGUCAAAGAUAAAUGAACUGACCAACACAAUGCUAAGUUUUCAAGAAAAGGUAACCACUAUGGAAGCAGAAAACCAAUUACUUCGGCAGCAGGCACUGUUGCGUACUCCUGUUAGAACAAUACCCGAGAAUUCAUCUCCGAAAUCUAAAUUGACUAAUGGCAGUCCACGUAGUGAACAAACGACACCUCAUGGCACUCCAGCUCCCAGGGAAUAUGGGAGCUUUGCACAGCCUAGGGCAUCCUUUUUUGAGAGGCAGCAUGAGAGUGUUGAUGCACUUAUAAACUGUGUUAGUGAAAAUAUUGGCUUUAGCGAAGGAAAGCCAGUUGCUGCAAUAACCAUAUAUAAGUGUCUUGUGCAUUGGAAGAUCUUUGAAACAGAAAAAACAAGUGUUUUUGAUCGUCUUAUUCAAAUUUUUGGUUCGGCAAUGCAGAACCACGAUAGCAAUGAGGAUCUUGCAUACUGGUUAUCGAAUUCAUCGACUUUACUGAUCAUGCUUCAAAAGAGCCUAAAAGCUGCUGGCACAACAGGAACUAGUCCACUGAAGAGACCACAGACUCAAUCAUCAUUUCUUGGGAGGAUGGUGUUCCGCUCUUCAAACAUCACUGUUGAUAUGGACCUUGUGCGCCAAAUUGAGGCCAAGUAUCCUGCUUUUCUUUUUAAGCAGCAACUGUCAGCAUUUGUGGAAGGCUUAUAUGGAAUGAUCUGUGACAAUUUGAAGAAAGAUCUUUCUUCCUUACUGUCGUAUGCUAUUCAGGUCCCAAGAACUGUUAAAGCUAGUAUGGUGAGAGGGCGUUCUUUUGGAUCGUCAAGUUUGCCAAGGGGACGUUCAUUUUCAAAUCAAGCUAGUUAUUGGCAGGCAAUGGUCGAUCAUUUGAAUGAACUCUUGAAAAUUUUGCAAGACAAUUGUGUCCCAUCUAUUUUUAUCCGGAAGAUAUUUACCCAGGUUUUCUCAUUUAUCAAUGCACAACUUUUCAAUAGCCUUCUUGUACGUCAUGAGUGCUGCUCUUUCAGUAAUGGAGAGUAUGUGAAACAAGGAUUGGCACAACUAGAAGCAUGGUGUGGAGAAGUCAAGCCAGAGUAUGCAGGAUCUGCAUUGGAUGAACUCAAGCAUAUCAGGCAAGCUGUUGGUUUCUUGGUCAUAUUCAAAAAGUUCAGGAUUUCAUAUGAUGAAAUAGUCAAUGAUCUCUGCCCAGUACUAAGUGUACAGCAGCUCUACAAAAUAUGCACUCAGUACUGGGAUGACAAAUAUAACACAGAGAGCGUGUCAGAAGAGGUCCUUGAGGAGAUGCGAACACUGAUGACCAAGGAAUCGAACCAGGACAAUCUGGAGAACACUUUUUUACUGGAUGAUGAAAUUAGCAUGCCCAUAUCACUUGAAGAGAUAGCAGAUUCUAUGGAUGCCAAAGAAUUUCAGAAUGUCACCGCACCGCAAGAACUUAAUGCAAUGCCUGCCUUUCAAUUCUUGAAGAGCUGAGCCCUCAAAGGGCCAGAGACGACACUUAUUUUUUCCUCACAAUACGUUGCUGCAUGGGCAUAUACCUCUGCAUUCUUCCAUCAGAUGAUGUAAAUUCAACCUAGGGUUUCCUUUCUCCCUGUUGUGCUAUGUAAUUAUCUUUUGUCCAGAUAGGUUGGUUUGCUGUUCUCAAGUUUCAGUUGGCUGGGUUGGGAAUAGGUUUUUUCGUUCUGCCCUCCCGAAAUGCAUGUGUGCAGUAUUCAGACGGAAAGCAUCAUUUUUCUCAUGGUAGCAGCUAGGAAUUCCUUGAAAGUCAUUGUUUUAUCCAAAUUUUGUCGGAUUCGGUUCUGCAUAACAAUGUGAAUAACUUGUAUAGUUCAAUUAUUUUUGAAGAAAAUAAUGUGUUAUGGAAUUGUC